AGACACAGCGACAUGAUCAUACAUUGAGAACUAGAUGGUCAUGCAUUUUAAUAUACUGAAGAAUAUACUGUGAAGAAUAGGUGGUGGGAAUAGAAGCUUAUAGUAGAGUAGCGACGAAAAAUAUUAAGACCACGUCUUAAACGUGGCUUUGUUAGUUUCUCAAAGAUAGACAUCCAUAGAACUGACCCCAAAAAACCUUGCCCAAGAUGGUGACGCCAGGCCAGAUGCAGAUGUUCAACAAGCCUGAGCCCUAUGAGGCUCAGAUCCUUGGCUCGAAAUACGUAAACCAAUACGAAUACGAUCCCAGCUCCGAUGUCCCGAACGCAGGAACGUACACGAUUCGUCUCCAUGACCAUACACUUGGAAAUGCAUUGCGGAUGGAACUUUAUGAGCACACACUUGGAAAUGCACUUCUUAAAGAUGGCAAAGGUUUUUACAGUGUAAAAUUUACACUUCCUAUAGAUGGAGGAGGUUCUUAUUACACUUCUUAUAGAUGGAGGAGGCUUUUAUCAGAUGGCCACAAAGUACUAGUACUUAGGAAAUUAUGUUUAUGAUGAAGAUGAACUCCAAAGAUCGUACUUCUAAGAUUCUUGUGACUCUUUCGCGCUCGUUGUACUUGUAGUGUACGGCCAAAAAAAAGUGUACUUGUAGUGUACUUGUAGUGUACUGUACCUAGCCAAAAAAUAAAAC